AUGUUCGACACAUCCCUCUGGACGUCGCUUCUUCUUGUCGGCGCAGUUCUCUUUCUAGGAAAAUAUGUGUACGGGCGCAGAGCUCUGUCUACAUUACACAAUAUUCCCGGACCCCCCUCGUCCUCUUUCUGGAUCGGCAACCUAGGUCAAUACUUCUCUCGGCAAGGCUCGGAAUUCCAGCGCCACGUUGCUCAGGACUACGGAUCCGUAACGAAGAUCCACGGCCGUUUCGGUAGUCCUGUUUUAUAUGUCUCUGACCCCAAGGCGUUACACACAAUUGUCAUUAAGGAGGAGCACAUAUUCCAGAAUCCCACGGCAACACUAUCAUUCAGGCAAAUGAUGUUCGGUCCUGGACUACUGAGUACACAAGGGGAGAAACAUCGCAAACAACGAAAGUUGCUCAAUCCGGCAUUCUCCAUCAACCAUAUGCGUUAUAUGCUGCCAAUAUUUUAUCACGUAGUGCAUAAGCUUCGGGUAGCCAUCGAUAGGCAGGUGUCUGAUGGCCCUCAAGAGAUUGACAUUCUCAAUUGGAUGGGUCGUACCGCUCUCGAACUGAUCGGGCAAGGCGGACUUGGCUAUUCGUUCGACCCGCUUGUAGAAGACGUGCAAAACGAUUAUGGUGAUGCUUUGAAGAACUUAUUACCGAAUUUGGGAAAAGUAUUACCUAUGGUGCGAUUCGUCCUCCCGUUAAUUGCGAGGUUUAGCCCAGCAAAGCUCGGGCGAAGCGUAAUCGAUCGCGUCCCGCAUGGGGAGGUUCAAGCUGUCAAAACGAUUAUUGACACAAUGGACCGUCGAUCGCGCGCGAUCUAUGAAAGCAAGAAAGCGGCUCUUCGCGCAGGAGAUGAGGCUGUUUUGCAGCAAAUGGGAGAAGGAAAGGAUAUCAUGAGCAUUCUCAUCAGAGCAAAUUCUACCACAUCCGUCGACGAUCGGCUGAGGGACGACGAGCUCAUAGCUCAGAUGUCAACCUUCGUAUUCGCUGCCACAGACACGACAUCAAACACGCUGGCUCGCAUACUGCAGUCCCUGGCCGAGCAUCCAGAGGUCCAGGAUAAAUUACGCGCGGAGCUUCUUGAUGCCGAUGCAGGAGGUAGCUUGUCAUACGACGAACUUGAUCAGCUGCCUUUCCUGGAUAGCGUUUGUCGGGAAACGUUGCGACUGUAUCCCCCGGUUCGAGCACUUUCCCGCACUGCAAACCAUGAUACUGUACUACCGUUGUCUGAGCCGAUCGUCGGGAUAGAUGGGAUUCUCAUCCGGGAGAUUCCCAUUCCAAAGGGAACCACGGUCAUGAUCGGAGUCUUGGGCUGCAACACUAGCAAAAAGAUCUGGGGUGAGGACGCUGACGAGUGGAAGCCCGAGCGUUGGCUCUCCCCGUUGCCUGGCACCGUUACCAAAGAUACUAUUCCUGGUGUUUAUUCCAACUUGAUGACUUUCAUCGGUGGUAGAAGAGCUUGCAUCGGGUUCAAGUUCUCUGAGAUGGAGAUGAAGGUGGUGCUGUCGGUCUUGUUAACCAGUUUCACGUUCAGUUUGUCGGAUAAGCCCAUCGAAUGGAAUGUUGCGGGCGUCCGCUAUCCUACCGUAGGCAAAGAAGGCAAAACUCCGCAAAUGCCGCUCAAGGUGGGAUCCCUUCGCGGUGCGAAAAUUUGA